AUGCCUCACCCAGAGGGCACACUGUCAUUUAAAUAUCUCGGGAUAGAAUUCUUUGACCUCAUAAAAACUAUUGACAACGUAAACGUUUGGAUACAAUACAGUGGUGACGGCCAGUUCUGGCAAGGAAGCCUACUUCAAAGAUUGAUCAAAGAUGGAAACAUUAUAGCCAUCGAACAGCUACUUGCUCGAACUGACGUGGUCGUGAGACGAUACGAUGAGCUGGAGGCAGAGUAUUCGAAUAUUCCCUACAUUACGGACACUAUUAAAAAGCGGAUCAGCGAACUUGUCCGUGAAGGGGAGUCAAAUCUAAAAGGACCGACCUGGAAGAUCUGUCCUAUCGAUCUAAGCGCUUUGCCGGAAAAGGACGUAGAAACUGCGUUCGUGAGCUUCAAGGAUGGGGCGGGUCGAUUUAAUGUAGCCUAUGAUGCCUAUUUUCGAAAGAAUAUUGUACCACUGGGAUUCACGAGUGGCGAGUACAUUCGCGAUCUCAUCAACAAAUUUUCCCAAGGGGGACAAGAGUGGAUGCUUCUCCAGAGGCUCAUUGUCUGUGAAACAGAUGAAAGGUUAAAGGAAAAAGACUAUACCAAUAUUCUUAUCCACGCCUUGGAUAGAGAAUGUACCAUUGCUCUCAUUUGGGCCCUUUUGUGGCCGGGAAAAGGACAUGGUGUGAAAUGGCUUGAAAAUAACUCUCGCCCAGCGACCUCAGACAUGGAAUCAGAAGAGAGAAAGCACGUCUUCGCUUACAGCAUCCGCUAA